ACACACACACAUACACACACUACUCUCUCUCUCUCUCUUUCUGUCUGUCUUUCUUUCUAUCUCUCAGUCAGUAAUAAUGGAGCCCAGCAGUCCGAAGAAGAUCCAGUUUGCUGUGCCUCCGCUGCAGGGACAGCUGGACCCACAGGCCGCCGAACAUAUCCGCCGCAGAAGACCGACUCCUGCCACUCUGCAGAUCUACAGACAACCUGGCCCAGAUGUUGGAGAUCAACACAACGCCAGCGGAGAGUCGCAGGCUUCAGAUUCCUCUCAGAGGAAGCAGAGCACCUACGCCCCGCCCACCAUGAAAGAGCUUCAGCUGGGGGUGGAGCAACAUCUUCUUGGGGCGGGGCUCUCUGAGACAGACGGCCAGCUGAGCCCAAUCACAGCGCAGCUCUAUGCCGCUGCUACUCUGUGGGCCAAUCACAAUGGGCCAGAGGAAGCCAACGGGAAUGAGGCGAGUCUGCCGUUAGCCAAUCAGGAGAGAGGAGUGGCAGAGAGCAACAGUUUAGGGGCUCUUUGCUACGCCUGAGCUGCUCUUAUCAACCCCUGCAUGCAGCUGUUUUCUUCAGGUCCUGAUAAGCCCUGCACACACACUACCUGCCCAGCAGUAAACAGCAAACAGACACAGUUAGAGACCUGCUGCGGAAGAGAGUCCAACAUCAAGCAGCUAAAGAGCCAGACAUUUUCCUCAGGAGGUGAAAACACGUCUAAAGAAGGAGAGUGAAUAUUGGACUUAAACUCAAACACAACUCCAACUUGAUGCUAAUGUUGCACCAUGUCUGGUUUAAGUGUACAGAGGCAGCUUUCUGCUAACACAUCAACCAUAAUAACUUUAUUAGUCUGUCCGUGCAUUCAUCAAGAAUAUGUAACAGCAAUUAAAAUGAUGUCAUUAAAACCUGACUACAUCCACAAACUAAAACCGUGGUGCACACACACUGUCUGUUACUAAUGAUUCACUGUUUAUAUUUCCAUACUAACAGUCUACGUUCUGUAAAUCUGACUAACAGCACUAACUCCUCUGUCUCUCCCUCCUUCCUCCUCUUGUGGCUUUGCAUGAUCUUUCAAUUUUGCUAUUAUCUACCACCCUCCCCCCUCCGCUCUC